AUGCGAAACGGCUUCCAAUUUGUUGCGCGAAUCCCUUACCAUGUCACCGAACCAAAAUACUUAGCGGUCGCUAGUGAAGUGGCAACGACCGAUUUUCUCCGUUCUCAGGGCAUUCCUGUCCCUGAAAUUUUCGGUUACUCUGCCGUUGCGGAUAAUUCUGCGGGUACUGAAUAUAUCUCCAUGGAACUUGUCCAAGGACAAAAUCUUGGUGAUAUCUGGUAUACAUUAUCUGAAAAGGAGAGGGAAACACUAGUCACAAAGCUCGUGCAACUGGAGUCUCGUCUAUUUGCCUUACGGUUUCCGGCAAGUGGAAAUCUCUAUUACUACGAUGAUUUGCUGGCCUAG